AUGUCCUCCACUCACGUGAACAUCCAGGAGUUCUACACCCGUAGCUGGAAGUAUCUUGUCUAUCGUCAUGCUGAAUGUGGAUACUUCUGGGUCCAAAAAGGUUGCUCAAUCCAUGACCCUACCAUGUGUCCUCGGUGCCGAAAGCCUGUCCCAAGCGGGAUCAUGAUCUUCCCAACGCUUCGUGAAGCUGAACAGUAUCACAUGCACAUGCUAUGUCAAAAACAAGACGAGGUCAAUCAGAUCAACGUGGCGAAGAUGUUGAACGAUCGAAUUACGAUGAUCGAGGCGACGAAGCCAAGAAAGCGGGUUAUGAUGAACGGGGUGGAGGUGACGACUCCGUUCAAUGGGCAGUUCUAUGAGAGAUGGCUCAACUGGGACAAUGUCCAAUGGCCAACACCGGAGACUCAUGGCGUCAACCAAUGGAAGAACACUGUCUCCAACAUGAACUUUGGCCCAAAAGUAAACGAGGAGAAGGUCUACACUUGGGAAGCACCAACCAUCUCAAUGGAGAAAAACGUCUCGGUCUGGAAGGAGAAAUAA